AUGCAUUGCCAUUUGCUGCCUGAAAAGCACGUUUAUGGUUUAAUAGUUGUGAAUGUUUUGUCGACCUUCAUUGGCACUGUUGGCAACGUGUUGGUGAUUUGUACAGUUUAUUGGAAUGGCAGUCUACAAACGAUUUCGAAUUUCUGGUUGGUGAGCAUGGCUGUAGCUGAUUUACUUGCCACCGCCCUUGGACAUCCUCUCUUGUCAGUUUUCCUGGGUCUUCAAAUCAGAGGUGAUUGCAAUGAGACUGUGUCUCAAGCGUUCCGUCUGAUCGCAAACAUCUCAUGCUCGGCGUCAGUUCUUCAUUUGUGCUUCAUAAGCAUGGACCGCUGCUUGGUUAUCCUAAGGCCUUACAAUUUCAGAGUGAUUCGAACAAAACAGCGCUUCAAGAUAGCGAUGGCGAUCGCGUGGGCGCUACCCGCCGUUUACGGCGUGUUACGCUUGACGGUCAGCAAAGCAGCAACGUCUUAUUUCACGGUUGUUGCCGUCGGACUUUGUUACAUAGCGAUAAUCGUAUGCUACACUCUAAUUGUCAUCAAAAUCACAAAACACGGCUCAACCACGUUAAAACGUUGUCGGAAGAGAAGAUCCUCGGAGUACCUGGUUGAGCGUCGUGUGACAGUCACUAUAGCGAUCGUUGUUGUUAUUUUCACGAUUUGCUGGUUUCCUUUAUUGUACCUGCGCUCCGCAUUCGCUGAAGAAAACUUCGGUGUUACUUAUAACUGGGCAAGGACUUUGGCGCUCACUAACUCAUCUCUAAACCCGUGGAUUUAUUGUUUCAGAAUAGCUGAGUUCCGUCAAGCCUACAGAGAAUUGCUAAGGUGUCAGUUAAAAUCCGCCUGCAGUGGAGAGGGUGAGCGUCGCCAACGCGAGGUAAACACUGUUCAAUCAAGCGAACUGGAAAUGGCGUAUCAAGUUGGUAGUGCCGUUUGA